AUGGCUACGACACCCGUGGCUGCGUCGAGCUCGCGUUUCCCGUGCUCGCCGCCGCCACCGCAGCAGCAGCAGGAACAGCAGGCGGCGAGGGGCCUAGCAGCUGAAUGGGUGGCGGAGUUCUUUAGCGUUUCUCACGGCAUAUCGCCCUGGCUCUUCCGAGAAAUCCUUCCCCGCCCCCUGCGGGGCGACAGCGCGCUGGUGCUGCGGGACGUCCUUCCCAUGCUGCGCGACGCGCUUGAAGACCGCGAGCUCCCCCCCGGGCUGCUCUCAUCCAUCCGCGUGCUCGCGCGGAAGAGGGACCUCGCGGAGAGGCGGAGGGGGAAGACGGAAGGGCGGGGAGCGGAGGGCGAUGGGGAGGAAGGGGUUCCGCGAUGGGUGCGGAUAGUGGUCGAGUGCUGCACUGCGUCCUUCCUGUCGUCCCUCCCCAAGCCCCCACCAGGUGACACCGGAACCCCAACCCGGACCACCAGGAAAGCAGCAGCGGGAGCCGCAGCAGCCUCAGCAGCAGGGAGAGAGGCGGUAGCUGCUGCAGUGGAGGAAUUCGGGGAGAGCGUGUGGACGGCGAGAGAAGAGGACAGUGAAGGCGCAGCAGCAGCAGAUGGGCGUGCGGAGGAGGACGGAGAAGGGGAAGGGGAGGAGGCGAGGAAGGAGGAGGAGCAGGAAGAGGAGGUGCUGUAUCGGGAAAUCGGGCGCAGGAAGGCAUCUAUUAGGGCGAUGCAUCAGGAGGCGGACGGCAGUGUGGCGGGCGUGGCAAAGCGGUGCAGGAAGCGCUCCCCCCAGGAGGACGUGUGGGCGCACCUGCAGGAGCUAGUGGACUGGGCUGCUGCUGCGCUGCCUCCCCCCGUGCUGCCCCAGCAACUGCGUCACUGGAAGAUUCGACCCAACUCUUCUGCACCCCAGCCCACGCCUCCCCAUCAUGCUGCUACUGCUGCUGCUGCUGCUGAUUCUCCUGCCGACCGUGCUGCUCGCCCUGCUCCUGCCCCUGCUGCUGGUGCUGGUGCUGCUGAUGCUGGUGCUGCUGCUGUUGAUGCUGCUGCUCCUCGUUUGGGAGAAGGUGUGGGUGGCAGGCGGAGCAGGAAGAAGCAGAAGGUGACUAGGCCCAUGCGGGAGGUCAGUCUGAGCGAGGAGGGGGAUGAAGCGAAGCAAGCCAGUGAAGGGAAGGCGGGGAGUGAGGGGGGAGCGGAUGGCAGGAAGGGGCUGAAAGGGCUUGCAAUGCCAAGGGCGGAGGAAGGGGCAGGGGAGGACGAGGCGCCUAAAAAGCUCGUCUGUGUCCCUUCGCUCACUGCCUUUCCCCUGCAGCAUUCCAAGGGGAGGAAGCUUCCCCUUGUGUUCCUGCGAACGCGGCAAGCUACUGUGGAUGCGUAUGCUGGCGGGGCAGGGGGAGGCGGGGGAGAGGCAGCAGCGGAGAUGGAUGGGGCGCAGAAGAAGAGGCGAACUCAAGGAGCAGCAGGCGCAGGAGGAGGUGCAGGAGGAGGUGCAGGAGGAGGCGCAGGAGGAGGUGCAGGAGGAGGCGCAGGAGGAGGUGCAGGAGGAGGCGCAGGAGGAGGUGCAGGAGGAGGCGCAGGAGGAGGUGCAGGAGGAGGUGCAGGAGCAGCAGAGGUGGAGGAGGAGGAUGAAGAAAGGGAGGCGGAUGAAGGGAGGGAGGAAGGGGAGGAGGGGGAGAAAGGGGAGGGAGGGGAUGGGAGGGACGGAGGAGGUGAAGGGAGAGGGGCAGUUGGAGGGGUAGAGGGGAGUCGGGGGAAGGGGGGUGGGAAGGAUAUGGGAGUGGAGAGAAACGGCGGAGUGAGAGAGGAAUUUGAACGUGAGAAUGGGGUUAGGAAGGGGACGGACAAGAGGGAAGGGAGAGAGGAAAGGGGGGGCAUGGAGGGCAGGGGAGGCAGGGAGCAGCGAGAGGGGAGGCAGGGGGGAGAGAAGACAGGGGACAGGGAGAAGCAAGUUGAUGGUGAUAUGGAGGAGGAGGAACAGGAGGAGGAGGAGCAGGAGGGGCAGGAGGAGCAGGAGGGGCAGGAGAAGGAGGAGCGCGUGCUGUUCCGGUUCCUUCAAGUGAGGAAGGAGGAUAGACAGGCGGAAGGCAAUGGGCGUGCUCCGGACAUGCAAGGAGCAGCAGCCGAGAGGCAGACCCCUCCCAAGGCAAAGGCUGGGGGGAAGGCUGAGGGGAAGGAUAAAGCGCAAGGUCGUGCAGGGAUUGGGGCAGAGGCACAGGAAGAGGCACGAGUUGCGGCAGGGGCGGAGGGAGAGCAAGUAGCAGAGAAAGCGAGAGGAGCAGGAGCUGAUGCACGGUUGAAUGGAGGUGACGCAGGGGCGGGGUUGGGGGCCAUGGCAAGGCGUGGGGAGAGCGGUAAUGGCAUGGGAGCAGCAGCACCCCCAGUUUGCGGGCAUGGACCAGGGGGCAAAGGCAGGGCCACAGGGGGGCAUGCAGGGCCGUUGUUCCCGUGCGAGGGGUGUGGAGAGAUGUUUCAUUUCGACUGCGCGGGCAUGCUGUUUCAAAACGUGCUGGAGGUGAGUGCUUGGACGUGUAAGGGGUGCUUGGAGGAGGAGGAGAGGGAGAGAGAGAGGGAGCUGGAGAGUGUGCGGAGUGAGCGGAAGAAGAGGAUGAGCCUGUCUCCUCUAGCGGCGAGGCUGCAGAGGAAGCUGCAGCAGCAGGAGGAGGGGCAGGGGCAGGGGCAGGGGCAGGGGCAGGGGGGGUGGGAGGGGGAGGGGGAGGCGCAGGGGCAGGGGGAGGGGCUGGUGGAGACGCAAGGGGAGGAGCAGGGAGGGGAGGGCAAGAAGCAGAGGGGGGUAGAAGAAUGGGGAAAGAGGGAAGCGGAUGGGGAUUUGGAAGGCGGGAAUGGGGGAGAGAGGAGGGGUGGAGGUGGGACGGAAGGGGGAGGAAGUGGGGAGAGGGAGAGGAGGAGUGGAGGAAAGGGGAAGGGGAAAGGGAAGAGCAUGCAAGAGGGUUUGGAGGAGCGAGAUGGAGUGGCAGAGGUUCGUGUUGUUCUUGACUCCCGAAUGGCAGCAGCAGUUGGGGAGGAGGAAGAAGAGCAACGGGAGGAAAGGGGAGAGGCGCGGGGUGCAGGUGGGAUAUUGAAGGGAGGGAAGGCAGCAGGACGCAAGGAAAAGAGCAAGGAGAGCGGGAGAGCUGAUGGGAGGGCGGAAGGGAGGGCGGAAGGGAGGGGGGAAGGGAUGGCUCAGGGGGAAGGCGGGAGGGGUGUUGAAGGCGCUGAUGCGAGUGUGGAGAGGGAGGGAGCAGAGGGGGGAGUGGCUGACCUGUUUGAAAUGGAAGAUAUAACUGAGGCGGAGGAGGUAGAGGAGAAGGAGGAUGAGGAAGAGGAAGAGGAAGAGGAACUGGAGAUGCGGGAAGAGGAGACUGGGGAGGAGGAGGGUGAGGAGGAGGGCGAGGAGGAGGAACCUUUAACGCAGGAGGAAGAGACUGGGGAGGAGGAGGAAGAGGAGGACGAGGAGGAGAGACGAGCAUUGCAAGAGGAAGGGACUGAGGAUGAUGGUGAAGAGGAGACAGAAGAGGAGGAGCAGGAGGAAGAAGAGGCAACAGAAGAAGAAGAAGCAACAGAGGAAGACGAGGAAGAGGGAGAAGAGGGAAGAGAGGAAGAGCGAGGAGAGAUGGAGGAAGGGGAAGUUGGGGGAGAGGAAGAGGAGGAGGAGGCAGACGAAUCGGAAGAGGAGGACGAGGAGAGGGAAAUGGCAAUGGAUCGUGGUCGUGGUGUCAUAUUAAGGGAGAUGAGGAUAGGUAAGGGGAGAGGGAGAAGAAGAGCUUGGAGUCGGGCUAGGAAGAGUGAGAAUACGCCUAGGGUUGGAGAGGACAGGGAAGGAGGAAAAGGGGGGCGAUUGGGAAAGAAGAGGGUGGAAGGGGUGAAGGGCAGGGAAGCGGUGAGAGGGAGAAUGGGAAGGAGAGAGGGAUGGAGGGAAGGGGGAGGAGGGAGAAAGGGAGGGAGAGAAGAAGGGAGAGGAGCGAGGGUAGGGGGGAGCAGAGGAGAGGACGUUGGGGGGAAGAGCAAGCAGCAGGAGGGAAAAGGAGACGGGGAGGCGAAGAGAAAGGCAUGGAGGUGGGCGAAUGAGGAUGGUGGGGAAGCAGAAGGACUUGCAGGUGCAUUUGGCAUGUAUGAUGAUAGAGAGGCAGAGGAGGGGGAGGAAGAGAGGGAGGAGAAGGAAGAAGGGGAGGAGGCUGAGGGGGAGGAGGAGGAAAGAGAAAAGGGGGAGGAAGAGGAGGAGGAAGAAGUGGAAGAGGAGGAAGAGGAGGAUGAGGUGGAAGAGGAGGAAGAGGAGGAUGAGGUGGAAGAGGUGGAAAAAGAGGAGGAAGAGGAUGAGGAGGGGGAGCAGGAGGUGCAGGUACGGAAGGGCUUGGGUGGGCGCAAGGACGGAGACGGGACAACAGGAGGAGCAGAUAGAGGUGCUGCGCAGUGGAGAGGUAGGCAGGAGAAGGCUCGUGCUACUGUUAAAUCUGGGAGAGGUGGUGCUGCUGGCUCACAUGGGAACAGUGCGGCUGCUGCUGCUACUGCUGCUGCUGCUGCUGCUGCUGGUGGUGGAAACGGGAGUGGUCGUACUGCUGGGAAGGAUGUGCAAGGGAAGGGUGGGGUCGAGAGGAAGGAGUUGGGACGAGAUGGCAGGGAGGCAGGCGGGAGUAGCACGAGUAAGGGACUGCGGGAGAUGUGGGAGCAGAGAGCACGGAAGGGAGGGGAGCAGGAGAUGGGAGAUAAUGUGGUGAGGAGGGGUGCAAAGGGUGAGAGGGGUGCUUCUGAUCGUUCUGCUCGUGUUGAGCGUGCCGCUACUCCUUUGCAAGGGAGGGGGGGAGAGGAAGGAGAGCAGGAGCAGGGGGGGAUGAGGAGCGGAAGCAGUGUGAAAGGCAAGGGGAAAGCACAAGGAAGGGUUGCAUUUGAUGCGAGGGUUGAGAGAGCGGAGGGGCCUGAGAUUGGGGUGAAUGGGUGGGCAGGCGGUGCGAGAGGUAAGGUGAUGAAAGGGAAGGGGGAAUCAGCGAGUAAGGGACAAAGGCAGCAGAGGGAGGAGGUGGAGGGGUGGGGAGAGGAUGGGGACGUGCAGAGGGAAAGGAGAGAUAUUGGUAGGAGGGGAGGGAAGGAGAAGCAAGUUGAGGGGGCAAAAGGGGCAGCGGCGCAGGGAGUGGGGAAGGGGACGGCAGGGGGGAUGGCUGGGCAGGUGAGGAAAAAGCUGAGCCGUGAAAUGAAAGGGCUCAUGCACAAUGGAAUUUUGAAAGGGUGGGGUGGUGGUGGUGUGGGGGGAGCAGAGGAGAGGAGGGCGUUAGAGGAGGAGCAGGAGGAGAAGGGGGAGGAGGAGGAGGAAAGGGAGCAGGAGGAGGAGAGGGAGGAGAAUGAUGAUGAGGAGGAGGAAGGUGAGGUGCGUGCUGCAUCUGCUUCUGAGAGGGUUGUUCAAGGUGCUGGCGGUGCUGCUGGUGGUAGGGUGGGCAGGAGUGGGUUGAAGAGGCGAAUAGGAGAGGUGGUGGGGUCGGCAGGGAAGAGGAGUAAGAGGCGAGUGGGCGUUGCUGGUGGUGGGAGGGAGGGAGAUGCGGUGCAGCAGGAGGAGGAUGGCCAUGAGGAGAAGGAGGAAAGGAAGGCAUCGGCCAGCCAUGGGCGAACCCAGAAAACCACCUCUGCUCCUCGUGCAUCCGCUGCUGCCGCCGCUGGUACCUCUGCUGCUCGUGCUGCUGCGGCUAAUGCUCCUCCUGCUGCUCGCCCUGCCAGAGUUGCACCUCCUUCAGCACCUUUGCCUCAUCCCGCUGCUGCUGCUGCGCCUCCCGCUGCUGCUGCUGCUGCGCCUCCGGCUGCUGCUGCUGGUGCUGCCCCUCCGGCUGCCCCAGCUGCUGGCGGACGGCGAACAAAGCGCAAGUGGACAGAAGAAGAGGAAGAAUUACUGCUGGAGCUGAUGGAGAGGCACAGGGCUGCGGGGGCCAGGUGGAAGCUGAUUCUGCAGGACGGCCGGCACCGCUUCCACCCCUCGCGCACGCCAGUGGAUCUCAAAGACAAGUGGCGCAAUCUGGUCAAGUACAAGUGCUUCUCGCCCUGA